CUCAACCCCUGUGAUCGAUUUUGUUUUAUUUUAUUUUUUCCCCGUCGAUUUUUAAUUCUACUGUGGAUAUUGUAGUUUUGCUUUACUUUCUUUUUCAUCUUGUCCAUUUUUCUUGAUUUUUGUUUUUACGCAACGAGUACGGUGUCGUGAUACGCAAACAAUCACAACAUCCUCCUCGCUUGUUGACUUGGUCGAUAGACGUCCCACAACAUCAUCCUGGGCCUGGGUACCUGCGUCGAGGCCGUAUCUUGCGACCACCCUACCAGAAAAGACAAAAAAAAGGGCAGCCACAGUGGUAGUCAUCAAGAGAAACACGCCAGCAUACCAGCAGACGUCACCACCGACUACUGCUGCCGUCUACAGAUAAACGAGCACACGACACCACGGAAUAGGCAAUGACAAGCUGCAACUAAACACGCCGACCUCGCAAGCAUCCCCGUGUCCAUCAUGGUUCGCGUCACAGACGAGCUGGCCUUGUCGCCAGAUGCCGUCGUCGUCUACCACGCUUCAGAUCCUCUCCUCGGCCACCUCCCGAUUCUUGUCUUCCACGGCGCAUCAACGACUUCGAAUUAUACACUCAACAGCUCCAGAGUCCAGAUACACAUCCUCACACCGGCCGGUCUACAGAGCUAUCCUCGCUUGACCGUCUCGCCACAGUCCCCGUUCUUCGAGGCUGUCAAAUACUUGCCCCGCGAGUUCCAAGGCGAUGAAGUAUAUCGUGGGCUGGCCUUUGGUCUGUCCAAAUACUUUACAGAGCUGCCCGACGGCGUCAAGUCCUACUUGCGCAAUGCAUAUCCCACCCGAGGCAGACGGCCGGGAAGCGGCCCGUCGCUGUUUGGCGAGCAGCACGCAGGUGAUCUUGCAGGUACAAUGGUAAAGAGCGAUAACACUGCAAACAUCAUUGCUACACUGCAGGAUGCGCUGCAGACGCAGCACGUUAGCCACAUAGAUCUCGACUUUAUACUCCCGCCAGGCGCUAUUGUGCCGCUCCAACCAAACGAACUCGAAGAGGUGCCCGAAAACGAAGACGACAUACUCGACCCGUCACUGCGCCAAUACGGAGGAUAUACACCACUGAUUAGACUGCUGGGCGAGUCUGUGUUUCUACCGACAAGCAGACUCCGAAGAGCCCCGUCAAAACCUACAGCUUUGAACCGGAGCAAAUCGUUCAACACGGGUCAAAAGAUUGAACUGAGGAUGAAGCUUGCUGAGCUAAUCGACACGGAAGAGCGAUAUGUGCUCAAGCUAAACGAGCUGGUGCAUCAUGUUACCACGGAAUUCAGAGAAAGCUUUCAAGCCAAGCCUGCCGAUUCGCUAAGUGCCGCUGAAAAAGAACUUGGAAGCCUAUUUCCAGACUCGGCGGACAAGAUUCUCACCAUCAACAGCGGAUUCUUAAGCGAGCUGCGUCGAAUCAUGGACGAGACCGAGGAAGAAGCCAUUCAAGACAUGGAAACUAGCACGCAAAAUCUCAUGAGCCCUCGAGGUCAAGGGCCUGCGCGGCCAAAGGAUCCUAGCGGUGCUCUAGCCAUUGCCAAGAUGUUCUUGGAGUGGUUCCCCAGGUUUUCCGACUGCUACCAAGAUUACAUCAAAGCAAGCCACCACUUCCCAACGGUAAUUAUGAGCUUCCUUGAUGUGGGAUCAACCAUGCGCCAACGAUCCGGUCCCAUUGGAGAGCAGGCUAUCAGAUCUACACUCAUCGAACCUGUACAGCGACUGCCACGAUAUAGUCUACUUAUUGACCAAAUUGUUGGGUGCCUGCCCAUGACGCAUCCUGCGUUGCAGCCAAUGUUGAAGGCGCGAGAUAUAAUUACAACUAUAUGUUCUCUCGACGACCCAUCUCCCGACAAGCCACACAUUGCUACUCGCCUCCGUGGGCUGGUUGAGGCAUGGCCGACAGAGCUGGAACCCCAGGGCCGUCUCAUCAACGCCGUAGAUUUUGUUGAGCUUGAGGCCCCGUUCCGCUUAUCCCUCAAUAUGACGGACAAUGCCGGCUUGAUUCUCCUCUUUACAGACUGCAUUGUGGUGAUCAAGAAACUUGGAAGCGCCAUGACUGGUCGCGACUUGCUCCGUGAAAUCGACAAACCCUCGGCGACUGAGCUGCUCAUUUCUAUGACGAAUGCUGCAGGAGGUCAGGCGUCUCAUGAGUAUGCAUUUACAGGAUGGCAUAGUCUGUCCGAUAUCAAGUUUACACACUCGUUGGAUGGCAAUUUGAUAUGGAUGACUUCUACCCAAACCAUGAAGGGUGCGCAUACUGGUGAACACAAGGUCAGCACGUAUGCAACGUCAAGAUGCCUACUUCUACAAGAUUCGUUGGAAGGACGAGCCGCCAAAUUUGGCGAAGACGUGGUGAAAGCUAGAAUCGAGUCACGCUUCUCCGAAUCAGAGCGAGAUGAUCCUUGCUGGACUCUGCGAUCUGUCCGUAUGCCAGACACGGAUUUGGGCUUGCACGCUGCUGUCUUUCAAGAAGGUGCUGAUCAGCUAGUGGAAGGACGAAAGGAACCGGCAUUUGUACGAGUCGUCGUCGACUACGAAAGAGGCACCAAGGGUGCACCUGUUGGUCAUUACGGUGUGGAAAUCGUCGUUGCUGUUAAUGCCGGUGACCUCAAACGGUUGUCAAUGGUUACUGUCGGUCUUAAUGGGAAAGAGUACCAUGACGAAGUAGCUCUGGAAGACUUUCUCCCCGCCCUGUCUCGCCGAUUAAUUCAACUAAUGAGCACGCAGCACAGCGUCGCAAAUAUGCAACUAACAGGACCGUUGGUCUCCUACUACACCAAGAUUCUCCGUACCCUUACCUUUGAGGCAUCUACAGCCCGUGCUGAGAAGACAAAAUCGUUCCUAGCGACUUCUCCCGUAAAGCUAUUCGCAAGUCUGUGGAGCGGAGGUGCUGCUGGGACACCAGAUUCUGUCAUGUCUACCAAGCAGCCGCUGCAGCCAUCUCUACACAGAACAAACAGCUUCCACUCCUUCCAGGGCUCUAUUAGAGGCCGGGACGAUCCGUCGUUUGUUGAAGAUGACAUCCCAGACAACCCGUUGAUGAGGUUGGAGCAGACGUUUUCCAUUUACACCAAGGCACUUUUGGCCCGAAAGGGUACCAUUGUCAGCAAGCACAUCCUGAGCCGUCAUUCAGCGGACGAGCUUGCUGUCAAUGACUUGUAUAACAAGCUGGUGGAGAAUCCAUAUGAUGCUGAGAUUGGGCCAGAUGUAACUAUUGAAGUCUUGUUUGUUGCCUUUGAGAACUUCCUCCGCAUUGCUUGGACCUCGCAAAUGGGUCCCGUCAUGUCAAUGCAGUCGCUUGACACGCUUCAGGACCGAGCUAACAGACGGGCGCCAGGGGACUUUGCUGAUUUUGUUCACUAUCUCUUUGCAGACAUGGCGCCGCAAAACAGGCGAGCUUUUGCGCGAAUCAUCAAGCUCUUGGCGGAACUCCUUGACGGUUGCGCCAAUGAUGGCGACCGCGGUGCACUGACACUCAUGUUUGCAGAGCUUCUCGUUACUAAUGGAAGCGCUUCCAUGUAUAUCAAUCUGCUCGAUCGCUUGGUCGAGGACUGCGAUAGAAUCUUCCACGAAUCACCAGCACAGGGUUACGAAUUUAGCAACUCUGUCGCAGGUUCGAUGCACUCGACUCUUCGCAAGCAAAACUCUCUUGCUGGCUCUGUCGCCUCCAACACUUCAUCGCUUCGCAAGAGGUUUGGACUAGACUUGUUUAAGCGUCCCAAGGAGGAGAACAAGCCUUCGGUCUUCCGCAGCCUUUCCCGACAUCGCAACCCUGCUACUGGCGAGGUUUCUAGUAUCUCAAAGGCUUCCGGUCGAUACCUGGAUGAGAGCAGCUUUCUGCGCGGCGGUACGGCACAGGGAACGCCAAAUCGUCGCCCCCCUAUUCUGGGCGCCUUUGACGACCCUCGCCCAGGCAGCUCUCAUCGAUCAGAUUACACCGCGGAUUCCAUGAGUGGACGAGUCGAGGGCCUAGGCGUCCGAAGUCCCAAAAAGAAGAGACGUAGUUCGUUGUCUGAUUUGAAGAUGCUCAUGGAGGCUGCUACGCUUGAGGAUGAAGAAGAGCUGCCACAGCCCUUGGCCGCUACAAGGCAGACCUCUGGCAAGCUGAAUGCAGCUUCACCAGCGUCGCCUAGCAAAGAUCGCAUCGUCCAUUCGAGUUUCCAGGUCCCGCAGCAAAAGGAGAAUGUCCGGUCAAGCCCAGCAAGUGAACAAACCAUGGGCGGCUCACCGACAAAGUCUCCCACGAAGCAUGUCAAGGCUUUCUCCGUCUCUACCAUCCCCACGCUCUAUGCUACACAGUCAGACAUUACCAAUGAUUCAACAGACCGGAAAUCGCGGAGUCCUACACGAAGCCCGCAGAAGCUGCGGCUAAACUCGCCACAGAAGCUGCGCGAGCGAAUGGCGUCUGACCAACUGGCUAUUGAGAGCACAGGCAACAAUAUGCAAACGGUCUUAUCCAACAUUAGCGAAGAAGUCACCAAGCUGCACGAGAACAGUGCACCGUCCGAGAUCAAGGCCCUCGCUGAUUCUGUACGGGCACUGGAGAUUCAGGUCCCGAAGCUGUUCCAGGAACUGCAGGAGCGGCAGACAGCGCUACAGAAGGAAAUGGACACGACUGUCAAGACAACUGAGACCAAGGUCCGUGCCAUUGACCAGCUGCAUAAAGAGGUGACUGCUGAGAACGAGCUGCUAUAUGAAAAGUUUAACGGGGAACUGAGCCGAAUUCUGCGCGCGCUCAAGGGCAAGGGUAAAGACGAGAAGGAGGAGAUGAUGACGAAGCUAAAGGAGCAGGCUGACGAGACGGCCAAGAUGAAGAAGGAGAAUGCGAAAUUGAAGCGAGAGAUUGUUAGCUUGCGAGCAGCACUGCGGAGCGAGCAUGGGCUUUAGAUGAAUGGCUCUUUCUCUUAUUUCUGUACAUUAUAUAUAGGGCGACAUAUGGAACGAAACCAGCUCGCUUGAUUUAGGGCGUUUAUUAAUGUAGAUAUGAAGACAUACUGAUACACAUUUCUAUUCUCUUGCCGUGACCAGUGUCAUUAUAUAAUCUGCUGCGACAGCGUCGUAAUGUCCGACCCAAUCGUCACAUCCAUCUCAUUCUCCUCUGCUUGCGACGACGACGCCGCCUCCUCCUCCCUCUCUUCCACCCAACACUCAAAGAACAGCGGCCCAGCCUGCACCGCGCGAAUCGGCGUCGUCAGCUCUCCGCCUCUCGCGGUCCCAUGAUGCGGAUACCUGUGCGACGGCACCUGCAAGCUCGGCUCUGACGGGAUCCAAACCUGGGGAUGCUAUAUUCUCAGUCAGUCCCACAUGAAUUUUUCACUUUAAGAAGAUAAUACAUACUGAUAUGGGCGGCUCCGCCUCGUCUCUUAACUCGACGGCAAUAGUAAACGUGCACCCCUCGGGCAACUUGCCCUUCCCCUCUGCGCGAAAGGCAAUCCGGCGCAGCGCACCACGCAGCGCCUCAUCGACAUCUGCCCAGUUGACGUCACCGCCCGUGUCUCCCGUCUUGAAGUCCCUGCUGACUUUGGCCUUGUCGCCAAAGGACGCGGGGAACGAGGACAGAUCAAAGACCCAGCGCUCGAGGACGGCGCUGGUGGGCGAGUAUAUGACGAUGAAGAGGGCGUGCGCGGCGCCUGCGCGGAUCUGGUCGGCGGCCGAGGCGACGGCGUCGCGGAUCCAUGUGCAGAGGCCGGGGUGGCGGGACUGGUGAACGGGGAGGUUGUAGGCGCGAGCGGUGAGGAAGCUAGCGGCUGGGUAGAGGGCGCGGUGGUAGAGGAUGGAGUGUGUGGCGAUCGUGAGGAAGUUGGUGAAAGAUGUGAGGAGGCGGGAUGCCUGUUCGGGGGUGAAGGGCGACAUUUGUUUCUGUUGUGGUGUGGGAGAGUAUUUGAGGUUGGAGCGAGUGUGAAGGAUUUUGUUAGGAAUUAUUUGAGGGAUGGUGGACGUGUUCUUGCGAUGGAGGAUGAACGUGCAUGAGUAUUUGGUGAAGGAUGUGAAGAUGAUGGUACUGGAGUCGGGGUUUGUGGAGGCGCGUUGAAAGUUUGCAAUUACGAUCUGUAUAUGUAAUUGGAUGCGCGAUUUCGUUUCAUUUUGCAGGAUUUAUGUCGUUGGUAGUGGUUGUCGCGUAGUAGUUGACAUCGCGAGAUUCACGAAUGUAGUUGAAGC